CGUGUUUAUGAUUGUUUAUGUUAAGAUAAACAGUCACAUGAAACAAUAUCUAAAAUGUCGGAUAAAGCUAAUGUAGCUUCGAUAGAUACAAAUGCUAUAUACCAUGAAGUAUCGCCAAAUAUUAUUUUGCUUCUUCGCUUCUUCAAUUUUCUGACGUUUAUAAUGGCCGUGAUCUCAUUUAUCUUGUGUAUAGUCCAGGGAGAUGGGAACGAGACAUAUUAUUUAUUAGCUUGUAAUACUGUUAUCAGUUGUCUUGUUGGAAUUGUUGUGAACUGGUGGUACAGAAGUGGAGAUCUAGGUCCAGAAAAGUUCUGGUACAUCUUUAUAGUAGGUGCAGUAAUCAUGUUCCAGUGUAUUACAACAGAUAUUUUUGUGUUUCAUGUUCUGAAUGAGGAUAGCAAGAAUAUAAAUCCUCCUUCUAUUAACAAAACAACAAUUUUCCCUGCAAUAUCUGUCAAACCUGCUUCAACUGUAAAAACUUUAUUUGAUUUUGCUGACAGACUUUAAAUGAAAUUAUAUAACUUUUUGCCAUAUGUUUGGUUUUGUGCAAUGGAAUAUUUAUAAGCCAUCUUUUUAUAUGUUCAGCUGUUGUUAAUAUUGGUAUAGUUAAUAAUCUGAUAUGUAUAAGGUUGAAAAUAAACAACUACACUUGUCAAUGUAUUCCCAGUUAACAUAUUGUUAUGAAUACUCAUGUAUGAAUACACAUGUAAUAAUUGCCACUGGACAUAUCAAUUGAUCAAUUAAUUUAUACACGGCCCUUAUUUCACUUCUUUUAACUAUUUAUCAGUGAGCAAGCAAUAUGUGAUCAGAACAGAAGAUCUCUGUUUUAUGAAUAAUUUUCUUUUAUCUUAUAUCUAUUAAACUGUCGGAUCAAACAUUUUUUAAAACAUGAAUUCUUUUAUACAUUUUCAGAAAGUAUUUCAGUCAUUUUGGAAAUAUUCUGGUCUUUUUUUCUGUGGAAUUUUAUAGAUUUAAGCAAACCUUCCUUAUAGAUUUGAUUUUAUGAAUUUGUUGUGAUAUGCACUAAUGGAGAUGUCAAUCCAAAUAAAUACUUGUAUAUUUGCAAGGAUAAAAUGUACAACAAUUCACAAAAUUUUUUUUAGUGUAUGAUUUUUUCCAUUUUGUAUUUUGUUUAAUAAAUUCAUGUGAAACAUAU